AUCUCAUGAAAACAAAAAUGGUGGCCAACAAUAUUCCCUAUCCCUGCUCUUUAGCACGCCAAAUGUCUGCGAUCUCUUGCUUUCUGUAUAUUAUGAUUUUUUCAUCGUGUAGUAUAUUCAUUUUCAAUGUGAAAAAGAAGAUUUCAUUUAAUGCUGACGCGCCCAUUAUAUCAACGAAAUAAAUUGCGGGCUACUUCUAACCAAACAAACAAGGAUAAUAGAAAGUUUCGAUUAUGACUGAUCGGAACCGAAUGAUGGGGUUGGAUGCCGAGAUGGCAGCUCCAUUGCAUUUGCAACGAUUAGAGCGGAGUGUUAAUGUUCAGCCUUUUUUAUCACAAAUAAAUGAUCUCUUUCGAGAUCGUGUCAGUAAUGAAGACAACGAAUCGUCAGAAUCUUCUGAUGAAUCUGAAACAUAUCUCGAGGAUAUCUUGACACAGAAAGAGGAGGAAAGGAUAAAUAAGCUUCGAUUGUAUAAUAUGAGUAAUGUGGGAGACGAGCGUAGAUGGUUACAGGAUGUUCUUCUCAGUGAAACAUCCGAUAGUUCUGAAUCGGAAUCGGAUACAGAUGGACCAAUAACGGAAGAUGAUUUCCAGGAUAUGUUAAAAUUUCACAUUCUUAGGAAAAAGUAUCAAGCUCGAUUUUAUCAGAAACAGGAGAACAUUCAGUAUCAGUAUUAUGGUGCUGGAUUGUUAUCAAGUUACGAUAGAUUUCCGGAGCAUCAGAAGCUCAUUGUUGGAAAUAAAAAGAAGAAGGAAAGAAGACCGGAUGCAAAGGUUGUAAAAAUUAAAAAGGAAAAGGGAGGACGACAAAAGGUUCCUGACGAUAAGUACAAUUAUCCCGAGGACGAAUGGGAACGAAGUGGAUUGAAAGAUGAGGAAUUAGAUGAAACUGAUUUGGAGUCUGCAAUGAAGUUUCAGGCACGUGGUCGAGCUAGAAAAAAGCAUAAUAAUAAAAGUCCCGAAGUUAUGGCAAUGAGGAGGAAAAAGAUUUGGAUAAUGAUGUCGAAGAAGGAACUUGGAAAAGUACAAAGAGCGAAAAUUAAUAAUCAUAAGGAGAUGUUAAUUAGUUGUAAAAAAGUAGCUCAACACUGUAUGAAAUAUUGGCGGCAAAAGGCAAUGCAGUCUCAGAAGAAUAUGAAGGAGACAAUCUGGAGGGCGAAGAGAUUAACAAGAGAAAUGCAAUCCUAUUGGAAACGAUACGAUCGUGUGGAACGAGAAACGAGAAGGAGAUUGGAAAAGGAGGCGGAAGAACAACGAAAAAUGGAUGUGGAAAUGAUAGAGGCGAAACGACAACAAAGGAAAUUAAACUUUCUCAUUACACAAACUGAACUCUACGCUCACUUCAUGUCACGAAAAGUUGGUAAAGUUUCCACCGAAGAACAAAUGAGAAUCUUAAAUCAACUUGACGAGGAAAAGAAUCCUAGAUUAAUUGGAAUCGACGACUACAAUAGCGACAGUAUGAAGCAAAAGGCGAAGAGAAAUGCAACGGAAGCUUUUGAUAGUGAAAGAGCGAGGACUAGGCAAUUUGAUACGGCUAAAGCUAAUCAAGAAUUACGAUUGAGCGACACUCCUGAGACGCAGGAACACCCGCAGCCAUCGAUUUUCAAAGGAAAUCUUAAGGGUUAUCAAUUAAAGGGCAUGAAUUGGUUGGCUAAUCUUUACGAUCAGGGAAUCAGUGGAAUUUUAGCUGAUGAAAUGGGCUUGGGAAAGACAGUGCAAUCGAUAGCAUUCUUGUGUCAUGUAGCUGAAAAAUACUCUGUUUGGGGACCGUUUUUAAUAAUUUCACCAGCGUCAACGUUGCAUAAUUGGCAGCAAGAAAUGGCGAGAUUUGUCCCUGGAUUUAAAGUUGUCCCAUAUUGGGGAAAUCCGCAGGAAAGAAAAAUUCUUCGACAAUUCUGGGAUACCAAAGAUUUACACACAAAAGAAGCCUCUUUUCACGUUGUAAUAACAAGUUAUCAACUUGUCAUCACUGAUUACAAGUAUUUCAACAGAAUUAAAUGGCAGUACAUGAUUCUUGAUGAAGCUCAAGCCAUUAAGAGUACAAGCAGUAUGAGAUGGAAACUGUUGCUGGGCUUCAGUUGUCGGAAUCGACUUCUUCUGAGUGGAACACCUAUUCAAAAUAGUAUGGCAGAACUUUGGGCUUUGCUUCACUUUAUCAUGCCAACAUUAUUCGAUUCUCAUGAUGAAUUCAACGAGUGGUUCUCUAAAGAUAUUGAAAGUCACGCUGAGAAUAAAACAGGAAUCGAUGAAAAGCACUUGUCACGAUUACACAUGAUCCUGAAGCCCUUCAUGUUGAGAAGGAUAAAGAAAGACGUGGAAAAUGAGCUUUCUGAUAAGAUUGAAGUCAUGGUCUAUUGUCCUUUGACUACACGGCAAAAACUUCUUUACUCAGCUCUAAAGAAAAAGAUAAGAAUAGAGGACCUAUUACAUUAUACGGUUGGUGGAGGAGAUUCGAUGCCGACCGAUAAGAAUUUCACAUCCAAUUUGAUGAAUUUAGUUAUGCAAUUUCGAAAGGUUUGCAAUCAUCCGGAACUUUUUGAAAGACGAGAUGCACGAUCACCAUUGUUUAUGAAAACGGAACCUUACGAAAUGCCAACUCUUUUGUAUAUAGAGGGAAUAUUGAAUGAAUCGUUGCCAUCUAGAAAUCACUUGCUGUACAAUAAAUUAUUUAUUUUCGCAACGGAAUACAUUCACAGAUCCCUAUUUUGCGAGGGGAAUGAGAAUUCCUGUUUUUCAUUCUCUCGACUAAUUAACCUCUCUCCAAUGGAGUUGAAUAAAUUUUUCGUCAUUGGCAUUCUCUUCAGGCUCUGUAGGGCGACACUUUUGGAGCAACAAAUGAAACUAAAGAGGCAUUGGGAGGAUUGGCGAGUGGAGGAAAGUGGUCCGGAGCCUCAUAACAUCUUCGGGAUUUUGAAAAGAAAAAUUGAGGCAACAACCCCAGUAACGGAAGAUUUAAUCUUUACGAGAAAAAUUGUCGCAGGGGAAGCUUUCUACACUAACACUACACAUUCAAUUCACUCAAUGCCCGAAACUGUUUCGCAUCGAAUUUUGAGAAGCAGUAAAGCAUCCAAGGACCUAUUAAAGUUGCAGAGAGCAAUUGUCGCUGUGAAAAUGGAACAAGGAGAAGAAUCAAAGUUGACUUUAUUGCCGGAACAUCCUCACACUCCUCGAGUUCCUGUUCUACGAUAUUGUCAGCAAACUUAUCUUCCACCUUUUCUUUCCGAUACAAAUCCAAAAGUUCACACUAGUCCUAGAAAACUUUAUGUGAGUAAUAGUGCAGCUUCUUGUGCGUGGAGAAGACACGAUGAAUGUGGUGGACUCGUUGGACAACGAAUAUUGUGGAUGGGAUGUGAAAAAGCCUUCAAUUUGUCACUAUUUGAGGAGAAACUUGGACCAAGAAUGAUAUCAACGUCGUCGACGUUUUCUUAUCAACAAAUUGGAGGUCUUGCCGUUUGCACUCCAAUUAAUGGAUGGUCCAAUAUCAUUGUUCCAGAUAAACAGACAUUGGUAACUGACGCUGGUAAACUUUCUGUACUUGAUAGUCUUUUGAAAAGACUCAAAGAACAAGGUCAUCGAGUUCUUAUUUAUUCACAAAUGACAAAAAUGAUUGAUCUAUUAGAGGAGUACAUGUAUCACAGAAAACACACAUUCAUGCGAUUGGAUGGCUCUUCAAAAAUAUCUGAUCGUCGAGAUAUGGUGGCAGAUUUUCAAAAGAGAGCGGACAUAUUUGUCUUUCUACUGAGUACAAGAGCUGGAGGCCUGGGAAUUAACCUGACGGCCGCAGACACGGUGAUUUUCUACGACAGCGAUUGGAAUCCAACAGUAGAUCAACAGGCAAUGGAUCGAGCUCAUAGAUUAGGUCAAACCAAACAGGUCACUGUUUAUCGAUUAAUCUGCAAAGGCACCAUAGAGGAAAGAAUUCUCCAGAGGGCUCGAGAAAAGAGUGAGAUUCAACGAAUGGUAAUUAGCGGCGGUAAUUUCAAGCCAGACACCUUGAAGCCAAAAGAAGUUGUUUCUCUUCUACUCGACGAUGAAGAAAUUGAAGCUAAAUACAGUCAACGGAGCGAGGAGAGAAAGCAGAACGCGGAGGAGACUCGCCUUGAGUUAAGUCUACACCAUAAGGAGAGGGACCGGAAGAGGAAGCAAACCGCGCUUCCGGUCAAGAAUGAAGCAAAAAAGCCAUGUUUAGAGGAAAAUGAUCUCUUCAACACAACUGAAUUAACGCAACCAACACAAAAAUUGGGAUUAAUUGCCAAUAAAACGCAACGUUGUCCAUCGCAGAAUAAUCAUCAAAAUCUUCAAACACCAGACUUUACGAAUGACAUUGGAAAUAUUGGGAGUCCCGAAAAAUCAGAGGAUGAAACGAGUAAUGAAGGCCUGGUGGUCGAUGUGGAUGGUCCAGUGUCGGCGACCGACUUUAGAAAUUCUCAUUUACCUUCUUCGCAAUUUGGAGAUGUACCAAAAGUCGCUCGACUGGGUCAUCAUUUCACCUUUAGCUCGGGCUCGGGAAUAAGGAUGCGGCCAAAUGUUCGCGGUACAAGUAAACGAGGUAGACCACGAGGAUCCCGUAGAGGUGGCCCCAUAGGUGGCAAAGGCAGAGGGAUGCUGUUGCUCCAUCCACCAUCUAUUAAGAAUUCCACUUCUACUGGUCACCUGUCGCCUUCAUCCUCUCCCUCGCACUCUACCACAAUCUCCAACGACUUGAACCCGCAGUAUGGUGCGGGGAGAAAUUCCGGACAAGCGGAAAGUGAAAUGGGUCAGAGUGCAGCAGUUGGUACGUUGGGAGGAUUGAGCUCAUCGUUGGGACCAAUGCCACCGGGGCGAACUGGAGGUACAAUUAGACGUGGACCGGGUCGACCGCGUUUACGACCAAAUGGACCUGGACAUCAAGGACAUCGUGGUCCGAGUCAUUCGCAUACGAAAAAAAUUCAAAAACCACUACCGGUUCCAAUAAGAUCUCAUCAUCUCGCGAGUAUUCAACCGAAACCGUCCAUUUCAUCGUCACUGCCAUCGCCAGUCGCAUCAUCCUCAUCAUCGACGUCGUCGUCAAUUUCUUCUUCGCAAAAUGCCGAAUCUCGUCCCUUUGGAUUCUACACACAACAAACACCACCCAGAGGAUCGUAGAAUUUAUUCUAAAUAAUUUUCCCCACUCCGAAAAAUUUUUCAAGGAAAAAAUACAAAAAAAAAAAAAAAAUGGGGUUUUUUUAAUCAAUUUUACAGAAAUUGAUGAUCGAAUGACAUGCAAAUAUUUUGCUGCUGGAAAAUGAUCAAAAGAGAUCGGAUGUAAAAUAUUAUGUACUAUAGUAACUUCAAAUGUAAUUUGAUCUGUUAGGAAAUUUACUUUUUUUUUUCAUCUCUUCGCCGUGCGACCGACAAAAUGCUCCGUUUGUGAUUUUUCCUGAAUGAGAUAAUCGAUUAUACGAAUGGAGCGAGUUGAACUGGUUCACAUAACGAGAAAUUGUAGACGUUGAGAAAUAUUAUUUUCCCUCGUCUCUCGAAUAUUCUUUCGAUCAAUGUAAAGUAAAAAAAAAAUAGAUAGAAAGAAGGAAAGAAUUUUUUUUUUUUCGAAAACUAUAUAUGCACGUUGUAAAUGAUUGCGCUAAAUUAAUUCCAAUAUUAACAAGAGAGGAUAUUUAUUGGCGACAAAACCAUUAUUAUCUAGACCUCGCACUUUUUCGGGUUUUAUUUACAAUUAGUAUAAUUGAAAUUAAUCUCCUAUUCAAAUUGUUCUCGAAAUAGUAAUACAUAAUUAUAAUAAUCAUAAUUAAGUGUCCGAUUUGUAUAGGAAAAAAUGAAAUUUUAUUUAAGAUUCAUACUUCUCCGCUGAAGCUUUAUUUAAACUACAAAGAAAAAAAAAGAGUUUCAAAAUAAUUGUAUAAUUUAUUUCUAUAUAUUUUCUGUAAAUAAAUCGUUGUGAAGUCAA